AGAAGAGAGUCCAGAGCAGACCGAAGCGCAAGUGCAGCCAGCCAGCCAGCCAGCCAGCCAGCACGGUAGUGGGGGGGGGGGCGGGGGGGAAGACUCCAAAGAAACUCAUACAAAUCACACAUUCCCCCUCUCCGCACCAUGGACGCCUUCACCUUGCGCGAAAUGCUCAACUCGACGGAAAUGAGCAGGUUUUUGUGCAACUUGGGCGUCAGCAACUUGUCGGGUUGUGAGCCUGCGAGAAUCGUUCGACCGGACGUGAGCGUGAAAGAUUUCGACAACGCCGUGCGUGUCUUCCUGUACUGCGUCAUCUUCCUCGUCAGCGUGGUGGGCAACGGUCUCAUCGUCGCCGUGCUGUCUCGGAACCGGCGCAUGCGCACCGUCACCAACCUCUUCUUGCUCUCCCUGGCCGUGAGCGACCUGAUGGUCGCACUGGUGUGCAUCCCCUUCACCCUCAUCUCCAACCUCAUGCGGACCUUCAUCUUCAGCAACGGCACAUGCAAGAUGGUCAUGUACUUUAUGGGGGUCUCUGUGAGUGUUUCCACCUACAACAUGGUGGCCAUCGCGCUAGAACGCUACAGCGCCAUCUGCAGACCUCUGAGCUCCAAGACGUGGCAGACCAAGUCGCACGCGCUGAAGGUCAUCAGUGCCACCUGGCUGACGUCCUUGUCUCUGAUGCUGCCCUACAUCGCUUCCAGCUCCCUGAAGCCAUUUAAUCGCCGCGACAACACCGUCGGCUACAUGUGCCGCAUGAUGUGGCAGAACCAAAACCUCCUGGCAUACUGGUAUACGUCCUUGUUGCUGCUGCUCUUCUUCCUGCCCGGUGCCGUGAUACUGACCGCCUAUGGACUCAUCUCUGUGGAGCUCUACAAGGGCAUCAGGUUCGAGCUGUCCAACAGGACAUCAGCCAAAGACAGACCAGCCAGCUUUAGCAGCCUUCGAACAAGCGACAGCGAUGGCUGCUACCUUCAUUUAAAAAAGCGAUUCACCGCACAUGGGAAAGGCAAUGCCGGCAAUGCUGCCACCACGGUGGGCCGCUUGGGCAUCCGAAGCAACACCGCCAACCUGCUGGCCAAGAAGCGAGUGGUCCGCAUGCUCCUGGUCAUCGUCUGCCUGUUCUUCGUGUGCUGGACCCCCAUCUUCGUAGUCAACGCGUGGCAGGCUUAUGACCCGCGCUCAAGGCGCGCACCAUGGACCUUUGGAACCAGAUCAUCGAGGCGAAAUGGUACGAGGGGCCCGAGGAGAGCGCUCUGCACAGGCGCCAAGAGAGGCGGCGGCAGAAGCGCCACCAAAAGCAUCAGGAGAAGCGCCAGCAAAGGCUGGCGCGGCGCCACGUGCCGUUCCCCCAGCAACUCGUCAAGGAGAGCGUUCAGGAGAGUCCCCAGCAGAUCCCCGAACCGAUGCCCGAGCCGAACAAUGAGAACUCAAUUGAGGAGAUCGGCGAUUCGUUCGUGGAGCUGUACAUCCCUCCGUACCCUGAGCAGCAAGUCGAGCAGAACCCGGACCAGAACGCCGAGCAAAACCAAAGUCAAGGGGCUCUCGGCACCCUCACCUCGUACAUCAGCUUCACCAGCAUUCGCUCGCUGCUACCGCCGGAAUUGGUCUGAAGUGGAUUUCGGUGAACUCGUGGGCUGCCACAUUUGCACUCUUGACUGUGGAAAAAUGGUUCCUUCAUCAGUCAACAUGUACUUCAAGGCAGGAAAGUCUUCAAAAAACAUUGUGCAGCACCAAAGUAGCUUUAGAAGCUCCACAGGCCACAAUAUUCUCCAGCAUAGUCCUUCUAUAUACACACACUACACAUGUACUACCAUAGGGACCAAUGAAAAGGGAUGGUACUAAAAGGCCUUGAUUUACAAAGCAACAUUCUUACUUGAAUAUCAAAAAUUGUUUCCGAUAUCUUUGAAGCCAAAAAGCAAAUAGAUGGGAUUUUCCAAGCUGUAUGAUGGCUGAAACAGACUCACAAAUCACAAGCUAGUGUUUAUUCUCAGACCUCAGUCUUAUCUUUAUGUUAGUGGGAUGUAAACACCUGCGCCUUGGAAACAUUCCCAGUAUUGCCCAGCAGACUUCCACGGACUCAAUCUGCAAACGGGGAGAAUGAGGUCAUUUCACCUGUACAGAACAUUUAUUGAUGCUGUGUGUGCCUAUUUUUCAAAAAUGGCUAGUAACUUUGAGAUGAUUGAAUCUAGACCACAAAAGAAGUUCCAGUUUGAUUGUGACCCGGUUCUUGGGUGGAAAUAUUUUUCAUUACGCUUCUGCUGACCCAUUAAAAAACAAACAUACAAAGUUAGACUUUAUUACUUUUUGUUUAUUCUGUUUUAUGCCAUUUCCCCCCUUUUUUUUUUUUUUUUCAA